CGCACUUCCUGUCAGGUAACUUGUAGUACUGCUGGUGAGGGCGGAAAAAAAAGAAAACAGUCUAGAAACAACAUGGCAGGAGUCUGUACGGCGGUGCUGGAGGACCUGUCCACCGUCCCUCUGGUCGCCCUCAACAUGACCGUCAGGAAGAAGCUGGGCCUUCACUUGAACCCCAGGACCGUGGUGGCCGCCGACUGGACGAAUGUGGCCGAGGCCAUGGGCUUCUCUUACCUGGAAAUCCUCAACUACCAGGCGGCCCCGAACCCCAUUUUGCGGGUGUUGGAUGACUGGCAAGCGGGCUCGACAGAGGCAACCGUGGGCAAGCUGUUGUCCAUCUUGGAGGAAGUGGAGAGGAACGACGUCGUGGAGGAUCUUCGUCCUCUCAUGGAGGAGGAUGUGAGGAAGUAUCACAAAAGUUUGAAGAAAAAGGCCGUCCGCCCUCUGCAGGUCCCCGAGGUGGACAGCUGCGUCCCUCGCACCCCCGAGAUGUCCGGCCUCACCCUGGAGGAUGAUCCUGAAGGUUCUCCCGAGCUGUUCGACGCGUUCAUUUGCUACUGCAAGAGCGACAUCGCGUUCGUUCACGAGAUGAUCCGGGAGCUGGAGCAGACGGACUACAGGCUGAAGCUGUGCGUGUUCGACCGGAACGUCUUGCCCGGCUCAUGCGUGUGGACGAUUACCAGCGAGCUCAUUGAGAAGAGGUGUAAGAGGAUGGUGGUUGUGAUCUCAGAUGAAUACAUUGAAAGUGACGCCUGUGACUUCCAGACUAAGUUUGCUCUCAGCCUUUCUCCUGGAGCUCGGAAUAAACGACUCAUCCCCGUUGUUUACAAGUCGAUGACAAAACAGUUCCCGAGGAUCCUAAGCUUCCUGACCGUGUGCGACUACACAAAUCCGUACACACAGACCUGGUUUUGGGAACGGCUGGCCAGAGCGCUUUCUCUGCCAUAAAUGUGACUGUUAUUCAUUUUUUUAUAAAAGCGCUUUUUGAUAAUUCCAUCAAUGAUAAAGACAAUAUUGGGACCAAAUUUCAAACUGUUAGGUCAAUUGCCAAGAAAUUGUCAUUCUAAAAUGGAACACUGUAUUUUUAUUUAAUUUUUAAAAUGUGUUUUUAUGUCCUUUAGAAUCUUACGAAAGACAAAUUGCGUGGAUAUUUUUGCUAUGUGCUGCUGUCGUUUUUAUUGUAAAGAUUGAAGAGCGCAAAUAUUUGGAGGUAAUUCUCCCCUUCCUCCUCGAAUGUCAUCAUGGGAUUACAGUUGAAGGGGAAUUGUAAAUGUAUAUGUGCCACACGUCCACAUUUGACUGCCUGCUUUUCUCACUUCCUGCCCAGUGCCUUUACAUUUCAUGUUCUAUUGGUACAUGUUUUUUUUU